AUGCCAAACUAUAUCCUGCUUGGCAAUAAUUGGUUUUGUACUAAAAAAUAUGAUAAUAAACUUCCGACUUAUUUACUGGAAAUAGUGAUAGAUGCAGAAGAUGCUUGGGUGAGAAUAACUCCGUGUAUCAAGAAUUAUGAAGAUAAAGGAUCAUGGGUCAUAGUAUCUGUUAAUAAAAUAUCUGAGUCUGAUUCUUCCGACAGUGAUUCAAGUAAUUCUUCCUCAUCUAGGUGGUUGAGAUAUUUCAUACAUAUAUUCAUUGUAAAUAAUAAUAAUAACAUUAUACGUAAACAGCAAUUGACUCCAGUGAGUAUCGAGUCCUUUAAAAAAGAAUUAGACUUGAAACUUGUUACCAUUAUUGCUGAAUUAGAAAAGGGAAAUGAUUGCCUCAAUGAUAUUUUGGAUGCACUCAUUGUUAUUCCUGUAGCAAUUAUAGAUGUUAAAGAAGCACUCAUGGAUAUCAUUAAAGCAUCCAUUGAUAAUAAUGCUAGGUUUAAAGAGUUAGAAAAUGAUGAUAGAGAGUAUGAUGAAAGUUAUCAGGAGAAUAAAGAAAGAUUGCUGGAGUAUGAAGAAAGAUUGUGA